CUUAAACUCUUUUUCUUCUCUGCUUCACCGAUGAGCUAAAAUAGAAAUUAACAAAGUUAGAAAUUACAAAAUUCUUAAGCCUCUGCUUAAAGAAGUAAUCAAAAAAUCAAAACCCAUUGCCGUUUCAAGCUUCCUCUUUGGAUUCUCUCGUUUUUUUUGUCGAUUCUGAAUCUCGGUUUCUCCGUACAUCUCAAAGAAGGGGAAAAAACUUUAAAACAACGGUUCUGGGUUUUAGCUUCUUUUUUGUUUUGCCUGAAAAGGUUGGAUCUUUAACAGCUGGUCGUAUCUGCAUGGUUCAAUCUCAAUCUGGGUCUUCUUCCUUUUUUUUUUAUUUAUAUAUAUAUUUUUUAAAAAUGGGUACUUUUUGUCAGAUUCUCAUAGAAAUCUAAAGGUCUUGUUUUUAGUCCUCUCUUUGCUUCCGAUGUGUUCUAUACACUCUCUUUAGAUCUGUUUCCAGAUUCUGCUUCCUUACUCAAGCUACUGAAAAAAGGUGCUUGCUUGUUUGCGUUUUCAGAUGUCACGAGAUCUUUGUAGGGUUCUGUUUGUUAAGUGUUGUGGUGCUGGAAAUUGCUGAUACUCUUCUUUUUAAGAGGUUUUUGUCAUGGGAUUGUUGUGCCUACAAGGUGUUUGUAGUAUUGCCUGAGUGAUGGGAAACGGAACUUCACGUGUUGUCGGCUGUUUCGUGCCGUCUAAUGAGAAAAACGGCGUCGAUUCGGAGUUUCUGGAGCCUUUAGAUGAAGGUUUAGGGCAUUCCUUUUGCUACGUUAGGCCAAGCAUCUUCGAGUCUCCUAAUAUUACUCCAUUUAACUCGGAGAGGUUCACCAUUGAUUCAAGCACCCUUGACUCCGAGACUCUCAGUGGUUCUUUCCGGAACGAGGUCGUUGAUGAUCCUUCUUUCUUGAAUAGACACAACAGUAAAGGCUUGGGGGAAACAACCUUUAAGGCAAUCUCAGGUGCUUCGGUUAGUGCCAAUGUCUCCACGGCUAGGACUGGGAAUCAAAUGGCUUUGUGUUCCGGUGAUGUGUUGGAGCCUGCUGCUACAUUUGAAAGCACAUCUUCCUUUGCUUCAAUUCCUUUGCAGCCGGUCCCUCGUGGUGGUUCAGGACCGUUGAACGGUUUUAUGUCUGGGCCUCUUGAGAGAGGUUUUGCGUCUGGUCCUUUGGAUAGAAACAAUGGUUUCAUGUCAGGGCCUAUAGAGAAAGGAGUGAUGUCUGGACCUCUUGAUGUAUCUGAUAAAUCUAAUUUCUCGGCUCCGCUUUCUUUCAGACGUAGAAAGCCUCGGUUUCAGCGGUUUAUGAGGAGUGUAAGCGGGCCAAUGAGAAGUACAUUAGCAAGGACGUUUUCUAGACGGUCUGGAGGUGGUUUAAGUUGGAUGCAUCGCUUCUUCUUGCAUCCAGAGAGUAGGGUGUCUUGGCCUGGGGGAAAAGAAGGUAAAUUACAUGGUGAAGAUCACCCGGAGAGUUGUCUAGAGAGCAAUCGUCACUUGCAAUGGGCUCAUGGGAGAGCUGGAGAAGACAGGGUUCAUGUUGUGCUUUCAGAGGAACAAGGAUGGCUCUUCAUAGGGAUAUAUGAUGGUUUUAGUGGACCGGAUGCUCCAGAUUUCGUGAUGAGUCAUCUGUACAAAGCUAUAGACAAGGAACUGGAAGGUCUUCUCUGGGUUUAUGACGAGCCAUCUGAAGAUAAUACAUUGCAGCCAGACCAGGAACCUCAUUCUACACAGGAGAACUUGUUUGUUCCAGAAACUACCAGUGAGCAGCAUUCAAAGUCAUUACAGGAAGUAAGUGAAGAGGUUACUGAUGCCGACACUCAGAUUGCUGAUGGUCCACCUGGAAAUUUAGCAGGUCUUGGCAAGAAAAGCACGAGACUUUACGAGCUACUUCAAUUGGAACGGUGGGAUGAAGAUGAACAUUCUCAUGGAGGGAGUGUGGCUCUAAAUGACAUGACCAAUCAGGUUGAAAAUGCAUCCACUUCAGGUGGAAAUGAUCCGUGUACCAACGAGAAUACCGUUCUUGAUGAGAUUCCAAACUCAGGUCAAAUCCAUGGGACUAAAAAAUCGCAGAUAAGCUCUAAGAUAAGAAGAAUGUAUCAAAAACAAAAGUCUUUAAGGAAAAAGCUGUUUCCUUGGAGUUAUGAUUGGCACAGGGAAGAAGAAGGGACGACGACUUGCGUUGAAGAGAAGAUAGUGGAGUCAUCAGGACCUAUUAGGAGACGCUGGUCAGGAACUGUAGACCAUGAUGAUGUGCUAAAAGCAAUGGCUAGAGCACUGGAAACUACUGAAGAGGCUUACAUGGAAAUGGUAGAGAAGUCUCUUGACAUAAACCCGGAGCUUGCGUUGAUGGGUUCAUGUGUUCUCGUAAUGCUAAUGAAGGAUCAAGAUGUUUACGUGAUGAAUGUUGGGGAUAGUAGAGCUAUCUUGGCCCAAGAAAGGCUCCAUGAUCGUCAUUCUAAUCCAGGGUUUGGAAUUGAGGAAGGUAUGGGGCAUAAGAGUAGAUCCAGAGAAUCACUAGUGCGUAUGGAACUAGAUAGAAUAUCAGAAGAAUCUCCAAUACACAAUCUAACCACUCAGAUUAGUGUCUCAAACAAAAACAGAGAUGUAACUUCUUACCGGUUAAAGAUGAGAGCCGUUCAACUCUCAAGUGAUCAUAGCACAAGUGUGGAAGAGGAGGUUUCAAGAAUUAGAUCCGAACAUCCAGAUGAUGAGCAGUCCAUACUCAAAGACAGAGUUAAAGGUCAGCUCAAAGUCACUCGAGCUUUCGGUGCUGGUUUUCUCAAAAAGCCGAGUUUCAACGAAGCUUUACUUGAGAUGUUCCGAGUAGAGUACAUUGGGACAGAUCCAUACAUAAGCUGCGAACCGUGUACUGUCCAUCACAGGCUCACUUCAAGCGAUCGUUUCUUGGUUUUGUGCUCUGAUGGGUUGUAUGAUUACUUCAGCAACGAAGAGAUAGUUGCUCACGUGACGUGGUUCAUAGAAAACGUUCCUGAUGGUGAUCCUGCUCAAUACCUCAUUGCAGAGCUUCUCUCUCGUGCAGCCACCAAGAACGGGAUGGAGUUUCAUGAUCUGUUGGAUAUACCUCAAGGAGAUAGAAGGAAGUACCAUGAUGAUGUGUCAGUGAUGGUUGUGUCUCUUGAAGGAAGGAUUUGGCGAUCGUCUGGACAGUAUUAUCCAGAGAGAAAACCAAAAGUCAAUAGAUGAAUUUUAACAACCAAAUAUGGAACC